AUGGAUGAUAUCAAGGCAUCACUCGUCGGCUUAACUAGAGGCGAAAAUAAGCUAGAAAAUCUCAGAAAUGCUAUAGACAACAGUCAAUUACCAAUAGAUGACAAGAAAGCGCUUGUAGAGGCCACUAUCAGGGAAGAAAUACAAUCGUAUUCUACGACACGAUCAAUAGCACCUCAAUACUCCGAUGAUAAAGUCACAGAUCCAUAUCACACCGGUUUGCUUUCAAAGUUGGGUAUUUUAGUCGAUUUACUCAAGAGCGAAAUGAUUACACCAAAUUCAGUAGUACCAAUCAUCUCCGAUACACUAGAUAUACACCCUCUAUCAUCAGCUACUGUCAUUUUCUCAUUCCUGACCAACUUCAUGUCUUCCGACGAUUCCAACCAAGUGAAAACGAUAAGUACGCGAAACAACCUCCUCAAAACCAGCAACGAGCUGUUGAGGAGAGCAUCACGGACUAGAAACAGUGAACUAUGCGGUGAAAUCUUGCUCUUCCUCACCAGUAUUAUGCCAUUGACGGAUAGAUCAGCUACAAACUUCAGAGGAGAUAUCAGAGAGUCAAAUAAAACAUUCAUAAAUGAUCUUAUAGACAGUCCAGAUGCUGAUGAUAGCUAUAAGGAUUUUUGGCGUCUGCAAUCUUACCUUACAGACCCAAUGUCUAUUUAUAAUGGCGGGUUAGUGAAAAAUGAUGACAAGGAAGUCACGCAUAUCGAAAGUUUCAAACAGCUGUUCAGCAAUAUAUUAGAUCUUCUCGUUCAAGCAUCAGAUAAGGAGAUCAAAAUGUCUGGAUCAAAGUUAAAGAAGGACACGAAGAGGAAAGCAGACGAACUCGAGGCCAAAUCAGACAAUCAUGAGUCCAAUGAUGCAUACUUCUUCCCGGAGUAUCUCGCUCAACCAAAACUAUUCCCAUUACAAGUUGCUGAUCCAAGCUUCAGAUGCUGUGUGUUCAUACAAAUGUUCAUCAUUGUCCAAUUUAUAGUCUCCGUAUACCCUAAAGAGCUUCUCAAAGCGCCAGAAAUCAAGAACCCACAGGAGAAAAUAAUAAAGAGCGGCAUACAAUCGGACAAGCCACUUUAUGAUUGGGCAUCUAAUAAGCGAGCAAUAUUGCUUAAAUCAUUACCAAAAGUUUCACCCAAUAAUCUUGACAUUACCCAACCAAUUGUACAGCUUAUGAAAAGGGAAAAACAUUGGGUUUAUUGGAAGAUGGAAAAUUGCCCAAUGAUUGAGUUACCAAGGGAUGAUCCAGAAUUGCUCAAUAAAGCUGAAGAAUCAAGAAUAUCAAACAUUUUCAAGAGCUUAAACCCAAAUCCAUACACUUGGGGUACAGAGUCGCUUAGUGAAUCUUUCGAAGAAGGAUAUCAAGAUGAACGAGAUUUGGAGUUCUACCCACGCGCACCUGAACUCAAGCACUAUGUAAAUAUGGCAAAAUUGGAUACGAUGAAAGCCAAAAAGAGAAAGACUAUGUUAGGUUUGGAUGAUAAUGCUGAUAGCUCUGGAGAUCUUGAGUUAGAAGAGCUAAAAAGUCACAAACAGAGCUUGUCAUGGCGUGGGUUUAGAUGUGUAGCACGAAGCAACGCACCUAUAAUAGCUUCUUUACCACCCGGAUCUGACGUUGAAGGCCUCCAAGCGGCUAUUGAGAAGAGGAAGCAAGCUCAGGCACAGAAAGCUGCAUCAAAGGAAAGCUCACCGGCUAUCACGACAGCUGCAGAGAUUGUCGAUGAUGGUCAGCGGCAAGAACAGACUGAGCAAGCUGAGCUUGAUGCUGAGUCUGCGAAAAAACCAGCCAAUGGUUCCCAAAAUAAGGAAGAAGUCGAUGAACAAGAUAUUGUUGAACAACAACUAAUUGAAGAUGAAAUGAAAGACCAGAAAGAGAGACCAGAGGAAGCACCAGUAGUUCAGCCAACCAUGGAUGUGCAAGAAGAGGCGCCAAAUGAUUCGUCACAGCAGGUAGAAGAUACACCCUCUGACGAAGCGAUGAAGGAUGAGCCUAUAGAGGAGAGCACAGAGAAGCCGGAGGUGGAAGUCGUUGCAGCACCUGCUGAAGCUACAGAAAUGAAAAUAGAUGAGGAAUGA